ACGCAUGCAUCGAAUUCCCCAAACUACCCUUCUCCUCUGCCCGGAUUUGAUAUCCACCCGAGCUAUAAAUACCACUGCAAACGCAAUUUCAGUCUCGGCCCGGAGACUUCUAUGCUAACGACACAGUCUCUGUCCCUUCGCUGCUCUCAGUUUGGGAUUUCUGGAGAAAAUCAGAUUUUCCGGUGUAGAAGCUCGAUACAAUCGGAGAUGGCGCCUCCAAUCCUGUCUUUGGUUCUACCCUCUGAGACUGGCCGAGUUCUUAGCAUUCAGUCGCAUACGGUUCAGGGAUAUGUUGGCAAUAAAUCAGCUGUCUUUCCUCUUCAACUAUUGGGCUAUGAUGUGGAUCCAAUAAAUUCUGUGCAGUUUUCAAACCAUACAGGAUAUCCGACCUUUAAGGGCCAAGUUUUGAAUGGACAACAACUAUGGGAGUUAAUUGAAGGCCUUGAAGCGAAUCAGUUAUUAUACUACACUCAUUUGUUAACAGGUUAUAUUGGUUCAGCUUCUUUUUUGGACACUGUAUUGCAAGUUGUUAACAAGCUUCGCACUAUAAAUCCGAAGCUCACCUAUGUUUGUGAUCCAGUGCUGGGUGACGAAGGAAAGCUUUAUGUCCCGAGAGAGUUGGUAGCGGUAUACCGUCAGAAGGUUGUUCCAGUGGCUUCAAUGUUGACUCCUAACCAGUUUGAAGCAGAACAGUUGACUGGUUUCAGGAUUGUUUCUGAAAGGGAUGGCCGAGAAGCUUGUAACUUUCUUCAUGCAGUGGGACCUUCUAAGGUUGUGAUCACAAGCAUUAACAUAGAUGGCAUUCUUCUCUUGAUUGGCAGUCAUCAGAAGGAAAAGGACCAGUCUCCGGAGCAAUUCAAGAUUGUUAUUCCGAAAAUCCCUACCUAUUUUACGGGAACAGGAGAUUUAAUGACUGCUCUUCUACUUGGAUGGAGCAAUAAAUAUCCUGAAAACCUUGACAAGGCUGCAGAGCUUGCAGUAUCAAGCGUGCAGGCGCUGCUGCAGCGAACAUUGGAUGACUAUAAAAAAGCUGGAUAUGACCCCCAGUCGAGCAGUUUGGAGAUCCGGUUGAUUCAAAGCCAGGACGACAUUCGCCACCCCCAAGUUAACUAUACAGCUGAAAAAUUCAACUAAAGGGAUCACACCAAAAUAUAAACAUGCGCAAUCUAUCUUGUGUUCUGUUCUGUGGUAUUUCAUUCUGUCAGUUCUGUAGCAUAAGCAAAACCCAAAUGUUACCUCAUUUUGUCUCUGUGCUCCAAUAAAAUUGUGCAAUCAUAGCAACAUAGAAAACAAGGUUUAUAAAUAGAUACUCAAAAGGAGGUGAAAUCGA